UUCCAACGCGUUUUGCCGCGCCGGGAAGCUUUCCAGACGCAGUGCGCAUGCGUCACUGCCGCGGUGCUCGCCGGGAGCUGUAGUCCUCCGUGCGCAUUUUCCCCCUUCCUUCCUUCCUUCCUUCCUUCCGGCGGCGGGUCUGGAGCGGCGAUGGCGUCGGGCAGCGGGGACUUCGCGUCGGGGGGUCGCCUGGACCCCGGGGCCCUGAUGGAGCAGGUCAAGGUGCAGAUCGCCGUGGCCAACGCGCAGGAGCUGCUGCAGGUGAGAGGCUACCUGGGACUACAUGGAACUGGCAGAAUCCCAGACCAGGGAGAAGAGUCGGUGGAAGAAGACUGCUUUUUUAAAAAAAUGUUUUUUUAUUAAAGGUUUUCUUGGUUUACAAAAGUACAUGGACUUUCAAUGCUUUUCCAUAAUGGCAUGCACCACCGUCCUGGGAUGGACUUUGCAAGGUGGGGCUUAACUGCCUCUUCUUCCCACCCCCCUAUAUUUUAUUCAAGCCGGCCCCCCUGCUACAGGCAGCUCUUGCUUGGCCCCCCCCCCCGGAGAAAAGACCUUGCAGCCUGCAGGACCCUCCUUGACCUUCAAAGGCUGAUCUAGGGGUGCGCCGGACUUCUGGGGGGCUGUAGUAGGUGCCCUGACUGAGGUGGAGGUUUUGGUGGUGCCCAGGGCGCCCCCAAAAUUUGAGAUGCCAAUGUCCGCCACUGUUAACCCUGUCUCUGUUCUUCCAUUCAAACUUUUCCUUUUUCCCUCCUUUGCAGAGGAUGACAGACAAAUGUUUCCGGAAGUGCAUUGGGAAGCCUGGGAGCUCACUCGACAACUCUGAACAGGUGAGGCUAGCCGCCCGUCUUCCCUUCUUCCUUCCUUCCCUCCCUCCCUUUUUCUUUUCCUUCCCCCUUCCUUCCUUUCUUCCCUCUCUAUUUCUUCCUUCCCUCUCUCUUCCCUCCCUUUCUUCUUUCUUUUCUUUUUUUCCUUCUUUUUCUUUCUCUUCUCCCUCCCUCCUUCCUUUCUUCCCUCCCUCCUUCUUCCCUCUCUAUUUCUUCCUUCCCUUUCUCUUCCCUUUCUUCUUUCUUUUCUUUUUCCUUAUUUUUCUUUCUCUUCUCCCUCCCUCCCUUUUUCCUUCCUCCUUUCCCUUCCCUUCCCUUCCCUUCCCUUCUCUCUCUCUCUUUCUUUCUUUCUUUCUUUCUUUCUUUCUUUCUUUCUUUUAUAUACCACCCCCUUAUACCCAGGGGUCUCAGGGCGGUUCACAGAAUAAAAUCAAGAUCUCAAACCGCAAAAUACGUAAUUAAAUUAAAAACAGCAACCCAAUAGCCCCCCCUUUACCGAGCUGUUGGGCUGGAGGCUUCCCCCCCCCCAGCCCCCAGUGAUGGAGACUUGCAGCCUGCUCCUCUUUCCUGACCACCCUCUCCUUUUCCUCUCCCUUCUCAGAAAUGCGUCGCGAUGUGCAUGGACCGCUAUAUGGAUGCCUGGAACACCGUCUCGAGGGCCUACAACUCCCGGCUGCAGAGGGAGAGAGCCAACAUGUGAUGGGGGCCAGUGGGGUUGCUGAGGAGCCCCACCAUGGACUUGGCCGAGGGACCUAUCCUGGCCACCCAGCAAGGUGGUUUAAUUAGGGUGGGCAGGAUUUUGGUCCGGGUGGCAGGAAAUAAAAUGACAAACCUGUGACACCGCC